CUCGGAGCCACCGACUGAAAAAUGGAGUGUUUGCAAUAAUUAUUUUCAGUAACUGACCAGCUUUACGGAUGGGUGAAUAAUAUUUGUCGGAUAAAUUAUUCAUGAUUUAUUUCCACCGAUCAGCAAAUCAAUUAGCUUCAAUUAUUCCUCCAGCUCCGGCAGGAUCAACGGGCAGAUUUAUGGCACGGACGACGAACUGACGCGUGUUUCCGAACAGGGACCCGUGAAAUCCUCUCCCCUCGUUCCAAAUCGGCUCAGCUGAACCGAGGCUUUGAUUCACGGUCGGACUCCCCAAGCUCCUGCCCUGUGCAGGGGGGAAGCAGAAGGAGAGCACGCGAUGGAAAAAUGGGAGGAACGGGAACAGAGAGGUGUGGGAGAUGGAAAGAAGAGGGCGAGAGGUGACCAGGUGUGCGUGGGGGCAGCGUGGUGAUGCACAGAGCUCUCCAGAGUGACGGGAUGGAGGGAGGCACACGCGGCCAGGCGCAGCAGGAGCGCACGGUGUUCAUCGCGGGCACGGCACAGCCCCGCCGGGAUCGGUGUGGAGGUGGUUCCCCGUGAGGACACAGGGACACCCCCUUCCAAGAUUGCCUCCCCUUCCUUCUCCCUGCUGCCUGAUCGCCUGCCACGUUUCCAGGGAUCUGCAGGAGGAUCCGGGACUGGGAGCCAGGAGGCUCCUCACUGCACGGGGCUGGAGAGCGCGACGGCGAUGGGGAUGCGGACGAGGGACCCUGUGUGAGCCCUGGCUGCUGGUGGCAGACUCGGGGCACAGCUCGCUGGGGACGGGGCCACAGGGGCUCCUCGGGGUGGGGACAGAGCCCACGGUGCCCAGGCUGGCUGCUGAUGUCCCCCUGUGCCCCGCCAGCUGGAUUGUUCCCCUAGUGCCGGCACGGAGGCUCGCUCGUCUCACCAUGGUGCUGCCGCCGCCCGACAAGCGCCACGUCUGCCUGACCACCAUCGUCAUCAUGACCAGCAUGGCCUUCAUGGACGCCUACCUGGUGGAGCAGAACCAGGGGCCCCGCAAGAUCGGCGUCUGCAUCAUCGUGCUGGUGGGGGACAUCUGCUUCCUCAUCGUGCUGCGCUACGUGGCCGUGUGGGUGGGGGCUGAGGUGAAGACGGCCAAGCGGGGCUACGCCAUGAUCCUGUGGUUCCUGUACAUCUUCGUGCUGGAGAUCAAGCUGUAUUUCAUCUUUCAGAACUACAAGGCGGACAAGAAGAACCUGGAGACGGUGGCCAGGAAGGCCCUGACCCUGCUCCUCUCCAUCUGCGUGCCGGGGCUCUACCUGGUGCUGGUGGCCUUGGACAGCAUGGAGUACAUACGGACCUUUCGGAAGAAGGAGGACCUGAGGGGGCGCCUCUUCUGGGUGGCCCUCGACCUGCUGGACAUCUUGGACAUCCAGGCCAACCUGUGGGAGCCGCACAGGACCGGCCUGCCCAUCUGGGCCGAGGGGCUCAUGUUCUUCUACUGCUACAUCCUCCUCCUGAUCCUGCCCUGCGUGUCCCUCAGCGAGAUCAGCAUGCAAGGGGAGCACAUCGCCCCCCAGAAAAUGAUGCUCUACCCCGUCCUCAGCCUGGUCACCAUUAACAUCGUCACCAUCUUCAUCCGGGCCAUCAACAUGGUCCUGUUCCAGGACAGCAGGGUCUCCACCAUCUUCAUCGGCAAGAACAUCAUCGCCAUCGCCACGAAGGCGUGCACCUUCCUGGAGUACAAGCGGCAGGUGAAGGAGUUCCCACAGAACGCCAUCGCCCUGGAGCUGCAGCAGAACUCCCUGUCCCACAACCAGACGGUGCACGGCACACAGGGCAUCCCCCACGAGCCGUCCCCCGCCAGCGAGAUCCUGGACACAUGACGGGUGCCCCUGCCCGGCGUGGGUUCACACAGCCCCCGGGGAGGGCGAGCGUGAGGGACACAUCCCAGCAGCGAGGGCUCUUCUGGGCACGGAGCACCAACCGCGUUGUCAUUGAGCUAUGGAGGGUCCCCAAGACGUCUUCAUCUCAGGUAUAACCCUAGGAGUCCUCCGGGAAAACCAAAUGAACUCGCAAAGGACCUGAACCAGCCAACCCCCUCCCUCCUGCCAAAUUCUCCCCUCCGAGCAAGGACCGCUGAGGGUGCGACGUCCCUUUCUACUCCUCCAGCACCUCACCCCGCCUCCGAGCCUGGACCCAAGAUUUUAGUACCGGAGCCCUUUUUGUGGCACGGGGACGGGGCCCUGGGUGCAGGGGCUGGAGGGAGGGCAGGCGUUUGAACCGGUGAAUCCCGUGAUUAUCCAUGUCUCUUAUCUCGACUGGUCGUGUUUACAGUUCCCUAUUUAUAAUCUCCCCGGUGCCGCUGUCCCCGCAGCGGGUGGCAGCGAGGACAGCCCCGUCCCGGUGCUGCCGGGAGCAAUACGUGCCAAGCCGGAGCCGACCUAACGCUGGUGUUUUAUGGAUUUCCUUCACUGCAGACGACUCAGCACAAGAUUUCUAUUUUCGGGAAGGUCUCUCCGUCCCUCCCCACGGUGUUGCCACGCGCCCGCCCCGCAGCCCCCGUCCCGUGCCAGCGCCCGUGGGCACCGAGGAGGACGGCGACGAUGCCUUUCACUCCGGCAUCAAGCGUUUGUAAAGAGGGCUGCUUUCCACAGCUACUAUAUUUUUAAAAGAAAAUAUUUCAAAUAAUAAAAAAAAAAAUAAUGCAAAAAACGCCCGGGAAAGCGGUGCUGCCCUUCGCCACUGCUCGGGUGGUGGAGACCUGGGGAUGUCCCCAGCCCAGAUGUUUGGGGACAUCUCCUCUUCUCUGCCCCCCGAGCCGUGGCAAGGGGCUUGGUCCCUGGGCAGAGGGGUGGGAAGCGAGGGCCAGCGGGACAAUAAAAGCCCAGUGAGAACGAU